ACCCCCAAAAUAACGCAAUGGAAUUUGUUCUAGACAAAGUUAGAACCAACAACUAUGCCUACAACGUUAACGAUACCUUCUUCAACUAUUACUAUUCCUCUUCUCUUUUUAGUAUUGAUUGUGAUUUUACUUUUUUAUUAUUAGAAGCAGUAGAAGGAGUAGUAGUAGAAGGAGGAGUAGUAAUAUUCUUUCUUUCUUCAAUCUCAUUCUUCGCUCAUAAUUAUCUUCGUUUGUUGUUUCUCUCUCUUUAUUCUCCGCAAUCCCACCCGUCCCUGUUUCUAUCUCUAUCCUUAUAUUAUUCCUGCCGUUUUGAUUAUUUUUCAAUUUUGCAAUUUUUAUUUUUAUUCUUGUUGUUGUUAUCCUUGUCAUAUUUAUGCAUCCCAAUCUCAUGGGUUCGGUUGAUUUCCGCCCUGAUUUCUUCUUCCUGCUUCCUUCGCUCUCUUGUUAGAUUCAGAGAGCAAGAAAGGUAUAGAUUUUUGUUUAGAAGGAUAAAGAAUUGGGAUUAGGAUUAGCCCUAGUUUUUUUUAUUUUUUUGGAGGAGACGGCCGAUUGAUUUCUAGGGUUUUGUUUCUUUUUGGUUGAGCGGCAAUGGAUGCGGGUUCCGAUGGAGAGGGUAAUAGUAAUAGGAAUUUGAAUCAGAGUCCAUCCGAGGGGCAGAAGAAGCCUAAACGUCAGAUGAAGACCCCUUUUCAAUUGGAAGUCCUCGAGAAAACCUAUGAAAAUGAGACUUACCCAUCAGAGGCGACGAGAGCAGUGCUAAUGGAAAAGCUGGGUUUAACAGACAGGCAGUUGCAAAUGUGGUUUUGUCACAGGAGAUUGAAAGACAAGAAGGAGGCAGCAGGAAUGGCAGCAAUGAAACCACGAUCUGCCACUGGUUCAGUUGGGAAAAGGGGUUUGAUGGACUCACCUCGGGAUGAAAUGAUGAUGGCUGAGCCCGGUAGUGAGAAUUUGUCAAGUUCGGGGUCAGGAUCCAGCGAAUUUGAUAAUGGGGAUGAAAUGCCAAUGGUGCCAAUAAGAUAUUUUGAAUCACCUAGGACUGUAUUGGAGCGCAGGGUAAUUGCUUGUGUAGAGGCACAAUUGGGAGAACCAUUACGGGAAGAUGGCCCAAUUCUUGGCGUGGAGUUUGAUGAAUUGCCUCCUGGUGCCUUUGGGGCACCCAUUGUGACAGCUGAGCAUCGGGAGCGGUACAGGCAUUCUUAUGAUAACAAGCCAUAUGGUUCAUAUGACACGAAGCAAAUCAAAGCUGUACCCAGUAGUCACCAAGAAUCUGCUGAGCCUAAGAUUAGAUCUGAUGCUUAUGGACAAGUUGCCCCUCCUUACCUCUAUGAUUCACCAGUUGCUGGUCCAGCUGGCAAAACCUUGCCAUUAAUGCAAGGAAAUGGACAUUUGUCUAGGGAUUAUGGUCUGGAAGGUCAGGCAUCAAGUGCUAGCAUAUUGUCUCAGCAAGGCAGGCAGGGACAUUUGCCUUCGCCUCCGACGCAUGAUGCCUUCAUUUCAAAUAAUGAAGAUGUUAUGCAGAUGGAGCGGAAGCGCAAGAGUGAUGAAGCCAGAAUUGAACGGGAAGUUCAAUCCCAGGAAAAAAGGAUUAGGAAAGAGCUAGAGAAGCAAGAUCUUUUAAGGAGAAAGAGAGAGGAACAAAUGAAGAAGGAAAUGGAAAAACAAGACCGUGAAAGAAAGAAAGAAGAACUGAGGAUGAUGAGAGAGCAGCAAAGGAAGGAGGAAAGAUGUCAGCGUGAAGAGAAACGUGAGAUGGAACGAAGAGAGAAGUUUAUGCAGAAGGAACUUUUGCGGGCUGAGAGGAAGAAGCAGAAAGAAGAGCUUCGGAGAGAGAAGGAAGCAGCAAGACAAAAAGCUGCAAUGGAGAGGGCAGCAGCCCGUAGAAUUGCUAAAGAGUCUCUGGAGCUAAUUGAGGAUGAGCGGUUAGAAUUAAUGGAGUUGGCUGCUAGUAGCAAAGGAUUACCCUCGAUAGUAUCUCUUGAUUAUGACACGUUGCAAGGCCUUGAGUCAUUCCGAGAAUCUUUAUGUAAAUUUCCUCCUGAGUCUGUGAAAUUGAAGAAGCCUUUUGCUGUUCGACCUUGGAUUGAUUCAGAGGACAAUGUGGGGAAACUACUCAUGGUUUGGAGAUUCUGCAUUACUUUUGCUGAUGUUCUAGGACUUUGGCCCUUUACCCUUGAUGAAUUUAUCCAGGCUUUACAUGAUUAUGAUUCAAGGCUGCUGGGUGAGAUACACAUUGCUCUUUUGAGAAUGAUCAUAAAAGAUAUCGAAGAUGUUGUAAGAACACCGUCUGGUGGGCCUGGAACAAAUCAGUAUAGUGCUGUUAAUCCUGAAGGCGGACAUCCCCACAUAGUUGAAGGGGCAUAUGUUUGGGGUUUUGACAUACGUACUUGGCAGAAGCACUUGAAUCCACUUACGUGGCCUGAAAUUUUGCGGCAAUUUGCACUUUCAGCUGGAUUUGGUCCACAACUCAAGAAAAAGAGUACAGAACGUGGGGGCUUGAAUGACAGUGAGACCAAAGGUUGUGAGGACAUAGUUUCUACUCUUCGAAAUGGAUCAGCAGCUGAAAAUGCUGUUGCAAUUAUGCAAGAAAAAGGGUUUUCCCUUCAGCGCAAAUCUAGGCAUCGGUUAACUCCUGGAACGGUGAAAUUUGCUGCUUACCAUGUGCUUGCCCUUGAGGGAAGCAAGGGAUUGAAUGUUUUAGAGCUUGCAGACAAGAUUCAGAAAUCUGGACUUCGUGAUCUAACAACAAGCAAGACACCGGAGGCAUCUAUUUCCGUUGCCCUGUCAAGGGACCCAAUACUUUUUGAAAGAAUUGCUCCUUCAACCUAUAAUGUGCGACCUGCUUAUAGGAAGGACCCUGCUGAUGCUGAGGCUAUAAUUUCAGCAGCAAGGGAGAAGAUACAGAGAUUUGUGAAUGGUGUUUUAACAGGGCAAAACGCUGAGGAUGAAGAAAGAGAUGAUGAUUCUGAUUGUGAUGUGGCUGAGGGUCCAGAAGUUGAUGAUUUGGGUACUCCAUCCGAGGCAAACAAAAUUGGUGAGGGUUGCAAUGAAGCUGGAACUUGCUCUGGGAAUGGAAAGGAUAUCCUUUCGGAUGACAUCGCUGUAGAAAAUGAAUUUGGUUCUGAUGCUGCAGGAGUAAGUAAUUCUGACCAGGCAGCUGAGAUUGAUGAAAGUAGGUCUGGGGAGCCAUGGGUUCAAGGACUUACUGAAGGAGAAUACUCUGAAUUAUCUGUGGAGGAGCGCCUCAAUGCUGUUGUUAUCUUGGUUGGCAUUGCAAACGAAGGGAAUUCUAUCCGUGUAAUCCUUGAGGAUCGACUGGAUGCAGCCAAUGCGAUCAAGAAGCAGAUGUGGACUGAAGCACAGUUGGAUAAGAGGCGCAUGAAAGAAGAGAUUAUAACUAAGUUUAGUGAAUCUAAUUAUGGUGCUACUGCCAUGGAGGGCAGCCAAAGCCCAUUAGGUUUAGUCGAUAAUAGAAAUGGUGAAGCAUCACUAGAUCUCAUGGAGAAGGAUGAGCCUGCUGGUGGGGUGGACAAUGCUCAUAAUCACGUUGACACUCUUGCCAUAGAAAAGAGUUCUUUCACCAAUGACGCUUCUUUUGCCCAGAUUAGUAACUCAAUCCAGCAAAACAAUUUCACAGCAGAGAGGUCACGCAUGCAGAUGAAAGCUUUUAUUGGACAUAUAGCAGAAGAGAUGUAUGUUUACAGGUCCCUACCUCUUGGCUCAGAUAGAAGGCGUAACCGUUAUUGGCUAUUUGUUGCGUCUCCUUCAAGCCAUGAUCCUGGUUCUGGUAGGAUUUUUGUGGAAUCUCCUGAUGGCUUUUGGAGGCUAUUGGAUUCUGAAGAGGCGUUUGAUGCACUAUCCACAUCGUUGGAUAUGCGUGGCAUUAGGGAAUCUCAUCUGCAUAUAAUGUUGCAGAAGAUUGAGGUUCCUUUCCGUGAACGUGUCCGGAAGAAUUUGUCAUUUAAUUGUAUUGAAGGGAAAGAAGGAAUGAAAACUGGAGACGAACUUGCUGAAGUAAGUUCUAGUCCAGGUUGUAAUUCUGGUCUUGACAGUCCAAGUAGUACAGUGUGUGGUAUGAACUCCGAUUCAUUGGAACCGUCAUCCUCAUUCAAAAUUGAGUUAGGGAGAAAUGAAACAGAGAGAGAGAAUGCACUGAAAAGGUAUGAAGAUUUUCAAAUUUGGAUGUGGAGGGAAUGCUUCAAUUCCUCUGUUUUGCGUUCCUUGACUUAUGGAAAGAAUAGGUGCACACCGCUAUUAGGAACAUGCCACCUCUGUUUUGAUUCUUACAUGAAUGUAGAGUGCCAUGGCCAUUCCUGCCAUACAACCAGUAAGGUUGGUAAUAAAGAAGGCUUAGUCGAACAGACAAUUCAUGAAGAAAAAGUGAAAGUUGAGCCAUUGAAUUUCGGUGAUUCAAAUUCUUCUCAUCCUCUCAGAAUCCGGUUGAUCAAGGUGUUGUUAAAUUCCCUUGAGGCUUCUGUUCCACACAAUGCCCUUCAAUCUUCUUGGACAGGAGACUUGAGGAAGAUCUGGGCCGCAAAGCUUCUAAAUGCAUCACGCACUGAUGAUCUCUUACAGAUUCUGACACAAUUUGAGGGUGCCAUAAAACGUGAUUAUUUAUCAUCAAGUUUUGAGACAACAGAGGAGUUGUUGUGUUAUUGUGCCUCAUCAAAAGUUUCUGGCUAUGAUUUUGCUCAUCGUGGAUCAGUUUCUCAACUUCCUUGGAUACCGCAAACCACUUCUGCUGUGGCUCUCAGGUUAUUGGAGCUUGACACUUCAAUUUUACACGGUCAACAUGAGAAGCCCAAGCUUCCUGAUGAAAAGAAAGUGGAGAAUUUGAUAAAGGUUCCCUCAAAAUAUUCAAAUACAGGGGAUACUCAAAAAGUUCCAACAACGGAUUCGAAGCGGGAUAAACAGCAGCUGAAAGAAGAAACUUGGGACUAUACAGGCAAUGCAUCUGGCAGCUCUGAUCAUAAGCAAGUCAUUCGUGGGCGGGGAAGUGGUCGUCCUCGUGGAAGGUGGCCGAAAGGAUUUGCUGGAUCUGUAUCGGAAUCCGGAAGACGAAGUUUAAAACAUGGUGGGACAUUGACCGAGGUUCUAAUGCGGCAGGGAGAGAGAUCAUAUGGACACAAACAUGGACGAGGUCGCAGAACUGUUAGGAAGAGGAGGACUGAGAAAAAAUUCUCUGAGGAGACGUUGCCAGGUCGUUUAGGUGAUAGGGGCAGCAUUAGAAUUGUGUCAGGAUUACCAAGACACACAGCUGGUGCAGAGAGAGUUGUAAAUAAAAACGUCGGAGAGACGGAAGACAACAGUAACAGCACGGAUGACGGUGUUGAUUCGGAUGACAAUGCAGCUGAAACUAGAUAUGAUUUCGGAAAAUGGGACGCUGGUUUUACUGUUGCUCCUCACAGAAACAGUGAAGUGAUGGAAAUGAGUGACGAGGAGGGGGAUGAUAGUGAGGAUGAUAAUGGCGGUGAUGAAGAUGGUGAAGGAGAUAUAGGCAUAAAUGAUUAUGAUUCUGAUAGACAGGGCGACGAUAAUGUUGAUGAUGAAGGCUCCGACUCCUUGGUGUCUGGAGAUUACAGUGAUUGAGGUUAACAAAUUUUGGUGACCUAAUUAGGGAGGUGGCCAGUCUGACGGACGGUUGUAGAUCAGAAAGGUCCUCCUCGGUCACAUUCUUUUAAAUUCUUUUGUAUUCUUUGAUGAGGGCAGAUUUAGGUUUUUUUUGUUCUUUCUAUUGUGUAUAACCGUAAAGCAAUAGUAAAUCUAACCGAGAGUGUCGGUCUGGUUACAAGAACGUACAUCAAUACUAAAGCUUAAUUAGUACCCGAGUGUUUGGCA